UUCAAUGUCAGACAAGGGAAGAAAACCGCUGACCUCUUCCUCUUGACCCCUGCUGCACGCUUUAUAUAAGCUGCACACUUGAAACUCGGGGACCCAGUGACGUGCCAUCGUUGAAACCUACCCAGAUCUUCAAGUGACGUCUCAAGAGCAACAGACAGGUGUCUCCAAAGAGUUAUUUUCUUCAGCUAUUUGGCAUCAAAGACAAGCAAUGGAUCGUCGACUGCUGGCAGCUGUCGUCAUAGUGACGAUGUUGAGUUCGAUUCUCGUCCUUUCUCAUCCACAGUCGAGAGAGGAACGGGGUUACCCUCCAGGGCAAGGCGUGUGCCAGGCUCCCGGGAAAGUACCGGGCUCAACUCCAGGGGGAUCGAACUUUAUUCCCUCACGAGUGAUCGGGCUGAUCCUCAAUGAACGCUGCCAGGAGUGGAGGCGGUUGAACCGCCGUCCGCCGGCCUUCUGUGUGAACGCCGCAGCCACCGGCGCCGCCGCCACCGCCAAGGUGUCCGACACCACCCUGUGCGACAACUACCGACAGUACUGGGGGCUGGUGUCGGACGACGAGAGGAGGCGGGACCACGAUAAUGUCAGACGAAAGCAUGGCUCCUGGGAUUAGUGUUUGUCAACGAACCUCGCAGUCUCGUUCAGAAGUGGGUGUGUGGGGGGUGUGUGGGGUGUGUGUGUGUGCGAAGGAAGAGCCAAGAUGGGUAGAGGAGCCUCCGACAUUGAAUGAGCGAUGUCAUCCUCGUGGUCCUGUAAUGGGUUGCAUGAGAAUCCACCCCGUGUGUGACAACAAUAGUGACAGGGGAACAAAGGUUAUGUGAACAUACCUGUAGGGGUUUGGGGGACUGAAUCUUAAACCAAAGAACUCUUUGAUGCUGUUGUACAACUCUUUGAUUUGAGCUACCCGCUUUUAUGUAUUUUAAAAAUUAUCUUUUAGCGAAUGUUUUGCUUGGACGCAGAAACUAUACCAAUGCACAUUGCAAGGAAAUGACAAUGAUGUCAAGGGAAUUUUUGUAGCAUUAGAAAGCUAAAUAACUCUACUUAUUUUCUUCCAUCUUUUUCUUUCUUUCUUUCUUUUGUUUGUUUAUUUGUUUAUUUUUUCUUUCUUUUUUGUUCUCUCUUUUUUCUUUCUUUCGUUCGUUCUUUCUUACCAUCAGUCGUACGUGAGACUAGGUUAUCUGCAUUGUCACCACGCCCUAGCCCCCAGCUUCCUGACCCAGCGAUGUAUAUUCAAAUUUACGAGUUUAUUUUUCACACGUGAGCGUGAAGACAGCCGAGCUGAAGGAGAAGUCAAGCGUAACCUCGUCAUGAUUAUUUUUAGCACCGUGACAUGGUGUUUUACAGGAAGUUGUGUGAUAUAAAAGCUGCAGCUUGUAAAUGCUAGACUUCGCCAAUAAACAAGUCUUUCACCUUCAA